AUGGAGGCGACGGCUGAACACGACUUCAACGCCAAUGCUGACGACGAGUUGAGUUUUCGACGUGGACAAAUCUUGAAAGUCCUAAAUAAGGACGAGGACCCGCACUGGUUUAAAGCAGAAAUAGAUGGCGUAGAGGGAUUUGUUCCAUCAAACUACAUUCGAAUGCAUGAUAGCCCAUGGUAUCUGGGAAAAAUUUCACGAUUAGAUGCUGAAAUAUUACUUAAGAGGCAAGGGACUCGUGACGGAAAUUUCCUGGUGCGACAGUGUGAGAGCUCUCCUGGUGAUUUUAGUAUAUCCGUGAAGUUCGAAGAUACGAUUCAGCAUUUCAAAGUAUUGCGAGACAAUAAUGGUAAAUAUUUCUUGUGGUCGGUGAAAUUCAAGUCACUUAAUGAGUUGAACGGCCUCUGUAUCACGUACACAUACAAUUCUUCUGCAAGAUUUGGAUUUGGAAACGAAAUUUGUCCAGGCAUUGUUCGACUUCAAUCCUCAAGAGGAGGGGGAAUUCAAAAGGAUGCACCAUGUGUACAUUUCAAAUCACUUUAUUUAGUGAUUAACAAAGACGAUAUGAAUUGGUGGGAAGGAUCGCUCAAUAAUAAACGUGGAGUUUUCCCGGCGAACUACGUGUGCCCUUUCAACCGUUCUCCAUCUAAUACGUGA